AUGUGUUUUGACUGUCAGGCUCAAAGCACUGGACGAGAGUACAAAGGUCAUCAGACAAAACUCAAAGGCCCCUACCAGAGCUCCGUCAGUGUCUGGUAUCGGUGCAGUCGGUAUGUGCCUUUACCGCCUCAUCCUUGCAUCGCAGCUGACAAGAUAGUGGAGAAACCAGACUACUCUGAAGCCAAGAUUGUCGUGGCUAUGGUUGGGCUUCCUGCAAGAGGUAAAUCGUACCUUAGCAAUAAGCUGAUGAGAUAUCUCCGGUGGUUGGAAUACAAUGUGGAGGUCUUUAACGUGGGUCAAUUGAGGCGAACAAAAGCUCGUCAUGAGCAAGAAGCGGGAAAGGGGAAGGCAGAUCAUUCAGCAAAGUUCUUCUCCCAUUCAGAUCCUAAGGCCAACGCGGCUAGGGAGCAGCUUGCGGAGGAAUCAUUGGAGAUGCUCAUUACUUGGCUCAAGGCCGAGGGUGGUAACGUCGGUAUAAUGGACGCUACGAAUACCACCAUCGAGCGCCGAGACAAGAUCCGACAACGUGUCGCUCGUGACCCUAACCUACAACUUCUUUUCCUAGAAUCCGUCUGUACAGAUCCAGCCGUCAUCGCUGCAAACGUAGCUCUAAAAGUCCAAUCAGGGGAUCCCGAUUACGCCGGAAUGUCUAGGGAAGAAGCGGAACGAGACUUCCUCAGUCGGAUCGCUCAAUACGAGAGAGUCUACCAAUCGAUAGAAGAGCCAGGUAUCAGCUUUUGUCGGAUAUUCAAUGUGGGCCAGAGGGUGUUUAUGAACCUGAUUCAAGGGUAUCUUCAGUCCCGAAUUGCGUUCUAUCUCAUGAACUUACAUCUCAAGCCCCGAAGUAUUUAUCUUUCACGACACGGAGAAAGCAUAUACAACGUGGAAGGGAAGAUCGGGGGAGAUUCUGAUCUUUCCGAGAGGGGAUGGCAAUACGCUAGGGCACUACCUAACCUCAUCAAGGACAAUAUUGGUGAUGGGCCUCUUGAAGUGUGGACGUCAACCUUGCAGAGAACUAUGCAAACGGGGUCUUUCUUACCUUUUGAGAAAAAAACUUGGAAGUCUUUGGAUGAACUCGAUGCGGGAGUUUGUGACGGUAUGACGUAUGAGGAGAUUGAGGAGAAAUACCCCGAGGACUUUAUCUCCCGUGACGAAGACAAAUUCAAUUACCGAUAUCGUGGUGGUGAAUCAUAUCGUGAUGUUGUGGUCCGAUUAGAACCUGUCAUUAUGGAAUUGGAAAGACAAGAGAAUAUUCUGAUUAUAGGACAUCAAGCCAUUUUACGAUGUUUAUAUGCUUAUUUCCUCGCUUUGCCCCAGGAUCAAUUACCGUAUAUCAAAAUCCCACUUCACACAUUGAUAAAAAUAACUCCGAUGGCAUAUGGAUGUGACGAGAAACGUUAUCCUUUACCUAUUCAAGCAGUUGAUACUCAUCGUCCUAAACCUUUGAGACAACGUAAAAACACUUUGGAAAACACGCCUAUUCUCAGUGCAGAACCGGACGAACUCGUCUUCCAAUCCACCACCGCUAGAGAUUACUUUGGGCAUUUACCUCCGUUGUCCAUGGGUUCGGAACAAGUACAAGAAGAUGUUUCAGCCGAUACGAAGCUUCCGACAGGGGGGAUGAUAAAGACUCAUGGGUUGGGUUUGGCCGUAGAACCAGGAGCGUUGAAAGAGGCUUUGGAAAGAGGUCAAGAGACUGGAGAGUUGACACCGAGAGCUAUUGCUGAGAGAUGA